CAAUAGUAUACUGCCAGAAUUCUUGGCAAUGAGUAGUUUUGAACCUAUUUUUUGAGUAGUUAUCAAUAUGCAUGUGUACGACUACUGCACUGUCAAGUGUCAAAUCGGCGAACAUCAAGAAAAAUAAACGAAAAACCGAAAAUUGAAUCUGUUGUGUGGUUAUACUGUUCAUCAGCUUUGCCAAAAUACUGAACCACAUGCGAAAUUAUACCUAAAAAUCUGCUGAAAAAGCUCACGAACAAACAACAGUUAGGGAGAAUUUAUUGUUAUCAACACUUGAAACAUGGAUAUAGAGUUGAAAAAGGCCUUCACCGAGAUGCAGGUGAAUAAAAUCGAAUCUACCAAAAAGAUUCGCUUACUGGAUAUGAAAACUGAUAAUUUAAAAGUAUCGAAACAGCGUGUGGAAUUAACAAAUAAGGAAGUCUCUCAGCUUCAACCAGACACUAAAGUGUACGCUUCCGUAGGUCGAAUGUUUGUUUUAUCAGAUGUGCUCUCCUUAACAGAUGAAAUGAAAAUGAAGCAAAAUAACUUCGAAGAAAUGAUCAACCAAUACGAAAAGAAUAAAGAGUUCUUACUCAAAAAUCUUAAAGAGCAAGAAGACAGUCUUCGAGAGCUGGUACAGCAGAAGCGAUCAGAAUCGGCUUCUAAAGAAAAUGGGACCGAUGCCAAAAAAGGAGAAAAUUAAUCGUGAAAGUUAUGUUGGGUUAUGAACUAGACAUUUAAUGGCAUAUUUCGGAUAACGAAACUUACGCGUUUCUUAUAGUGAUAAGUUUCAUUCUCAAUAAAAUCAGGCUACCUCUGCCAGCACAUCAUCUAAA